AUGGUAGAUGCCUCUCGUCCUGCCACCUACCCUGUUAGGAGCAGCAACCCCAGCGAUCCGCCAGCCCCGACAGCCGGGCCCGACCCCGGGCCGUCAUCGCACAGCAUCACCACCAGCAGCCACAGCCGCAGCCGCAGCCCACGCUCGUCGUCGCGCGAUACCUCCGACAGCGACCUCGACCGUGAUUUCGACCGCGAAAACAACCUCGAACUACACCAGAUCCCGACGCAACGCAACGAUGAUUCGACCGCCUCGAUCUCGUCCGGCGAAUACCGCGUUACCACGCGGCGGACGGUGUCGCGGACGAGUCAGCGCAGCCGGUCGCCACGAAAGGGAGUGCUUGGGAAUAUCCAGCGGUUCUGGACGAGGAAUGUGGUUUUGACGGUGGCGCAGAAGAAGAAUCGGGAUUAUUUUGCUCUUGAACGGACGUUCCUCGCGUAUAUCCGCACGUCGGUCAUCCUGGCGAUGCAGGGUGUUCUCAUCGCGCAGCUCUUCCGGCUGCAGUCCCCCCACACCAGCAAAGGUCUUGGAUUUCAUCGAGUCGGCGUUCCGUUGUCGGUGACUUGCCAUUGUGCGGCUAUGGUGACAGCGGUGCUAGGAGCGCAUCGGUUUUGGAAGCAGCAGAGUGCAAUCGCGCUAGGGACAAUAUACUCGGGGGGUUGGGAAUUGAACUGCAUUGGGUUCUUGACGACAGCAGUGAGUUUCAUCAACUGA